CCGGCACGGCGCGCAGCGCAGCGCGGCAUGGCAGGCGAUUUCUCCCGCAGCCUGGGCAAGGGCAGCGCGGCGCCGGGGCCCGUGCCCGCGGGCGCCAUCCGCCUGUACAGCAUGCGUUUCUGCCCCUUCGCGCAGAGGACCCGCCUCGUCCUGCGCGCCAAGAACAUCAGCCAUGAGGUAAUUAAUAUCAAUCUGAAGAACAAACCUGAUUGGUUCUUUGAGAAGAACCCCUUUGGGCUGGUUCCUGUUCUGGAAACCAGCAAAGGCCAGCUGAUCUAUGAGUCUCCAAUUACUUGUGAGUAUUUGGAUGAAGCAUUUCCAGGGAAGAAGCUGCUGCCUUCAGACCCAUAUGAGCGAGCCUCUCAGAAGAUGCUCCUGGAACACUUCUCAAAGAUAGCACCUCUAGUCUUCAAGUACUACACUGCAGUCAGAGAUGGACAAGAUGCCUCGGCAGUGAAAGCAGAGUUUGUUGAAAAGAUUAACAAACUUGAAGAGACGCUGUCCAAAUGCAACACUGUGUAUUUUGGCGGGGACUCUGUUUCCAUGUUGGACUACAUGGUCUGGCCCUGGUUUGAGCGCCUCGAGGCAGUGCAGCUGCAGGACUCUUUGAGUCACAUGCCAAAGCUCCAACGCUGGAUGGGAGCCAUGAGGGAGGACCCUGCUGUCAAGGAUACAGUGACUGAUCCACAGACAUACAGAGGCUACCUGCAGCUCUACGUGAAGAACAGCCCUGAGGCCUGUGAUUAUGGGCUUUGAGGUGCCUGUGGGCACAUCCUGCUGGAGGAGCAGUGCCUUUCUUCAGUGUGAGCAGUGGGAGUGUAGUGCAGUUUGGUGGGGGGGGCUCUUUGUCUUCUGCUUUGUGGUGGGAAUAAACUUGUGAUGAAAAAGGUGAGAAAACCCUCGGGAGGAGAAUGUGCUAGCUUUGGGUGACAGGGGGAAGUCGCUGAUGACUAUGUAUAUCAUGUAAAGGAGAAUUUGUCUUCACUUAAAGGUGACUCUGUAGUCUCUUUUCAACCACUGCUGUUGCGUAAUCACUGAACCUGUCCUAUUAGUUGGUUUAAAAAAAUGUAAUUCUUUUUUUGAAAAUAAAGCAAGAGAGCAUACUAUGAUUUCUUUAUACACAGCUGUUUUUCUGUGUUCCAGGCAGUUGUUAGUCACUCGGCUGUGCAGAGGGGAGUGAGGUGCUGCUAAGGCUAAACAGAUAGUGCGGUCUAUGAAGUUAAGAUGCAGUUACCCUAGUGUAAACUAUCCUGCUCUUUUGAGACCACUACUGUCAAGUCACUGAACGUAAAACUGCACCUAUUCAGCCUUGCUGAAGCUGUGGCUGAUGGAGCCAUUUAGUAAUGGUUUCCAGUACGAGCAAGAUUUGCAAGGAGGGUUUUGGUUUCUUUUUUUUUUUUGCAAUAGAUUGAGUUGAUUCUAGGUCCAAACCUCAAGCCUCUGGAAUAAAGUUAAUGCAAACUAUAUCCUGAGCAGAAGGACACUUUUUUUGCUGUACUGUUUCAGAACUCAAAACUUUGCUGUAUGUGCCAAAAUGUAUGUGAAAUUGGAAGACUUAAGUAGAAAGACUUUAG